GAGAGACGCGCCAGCGCACAGAGGCACGGAGACGGAGGGCGUCAAGGAAAAACAUAAAAACUAACACAAACACACAGACACACAAAAAGAAAAAAAAAAACGCAAUAUACUAGUGAGAUUAAUUGUUGCCGGUGUCGCUUUUCUACUUGGACAUAAAAUGAAAGGCUUAACUGGCUCUAUGUUGGAUUUGGAAUCUUACAUGCUGCGACUUUGACACAAAAGUUGCGCAUGCAAAGUCUGCAUUUAAGGCAGCCCGGGUCGAACGUGAGUUGGACAUCCAGGAACCAGUCAGGGUGUAAACUAAAUUUACCCGCUGCUCUCACUCGGACGCAUAUCAUUUAAGCACCACUACAGCCAUGGAUGAGGAACAGUGUUACUACAAUGAGACCAUCACCUUCUUCUACAACCGCAGUGGCAAAUACCUUGCAACUGAUUGGGAUACCAUCAGCAGGCUGGUGAUGGGCCUAGGCAUCACUGUAUGCAUCUUUAUUAUGCUUGCCAACCUGCUGGUGAUGAUUGCCAUCUACGUUAACAGGAGAUUCCACUUUCCCAUCUACUACCUGAUGGCCAACCUGGCAGCUGCUGACUUCUUUGCUGGAUUGGCCUAUUUUUACUUGAUGUUCAACACAGGACCCAACACGAGGCGUCUGACUGUUUCAACAUGGCUGCUGCGUCAAGGCUUAAUCGACACCAGCCUGACAGCGUCUGUGGCCAACCUGCUGGCCAUUGCCAUAGAGCGUCACAUCACUGUGUUUCGCAUGCAGCUCCAUACACGUAUGAGCAACCGACGUGUGGUGGUGGUAAUCGUCAUAAUCUGGACCAUGUCCAUAGUCAUGGGGGCUAUCCCUAGUGUGGGAUGGAACUGUAUCUGCAGCCUUAAGUCUUGCUCCAACAUGGCACCCCUAUACAGCAACUCCUACCUAGUCUUCUGGGCAGUGUUUAACCUGGUGACUUUUGUUGUCAUGGUAACACUGUAUGCCCAUAUCUUUGUCUAUGUGCGACAGAGAACAAUGAGGAUGUCGCGGCACAGCUCAGGACCGCGGCGAAACCGAGAUACAAUGAUGUCUCUGCUGAAAACCGUGGCGAUUGUGUUGGGUGCCUUCAUUGUCUGCUGGACUCCUGGCUUAGUCAUCCUGCUUCUUGAUGUCUUCUGUGCCAACUGCAAUGUCCUCACCUAUGAAAAGUUCUUCCUGCUUCUCGCCGAGUUCAACUCCGCCAUGAAUCCCAUCAUCUACUCCUACCGUGACAAGGAGAUGAGUGCCACCUUCAGGCAGAUCCUGUGUUGCCAGCGGCAGGAGAACGUUAAUGGGACGGUGGCAGAGGGAUCUGACCGCUCUGCUUCCUCCAUCAAUCACACAGUGCUCGGUGGCAGCGGCAUGCAUCACCACCAUCACCACAAUGAACACUCGGUGGUAUAGAAUAAAAGAAAGCUGGAGUUUUUGGGUUACUGACUGAAAGAAGAGAAAGAAAGGUUUGUGAAGUUCAAGAGGGACUGGGAACAUGGUAAGGACUACAGACUGUGGAGUAUUUUUGAGAUGAAGGCAAGUGAAUGAAGGUUAUGAUGAACAGGAUGGAGAUCACAAUGAAGAAGAAGAUGGCAACUAUGAUGAAAGAAUUUAAAGACUUAAUUUUCUGGGAAAAAGAAGAGGAGUCGGAUCUAUGAAGACUCUGAUAGGCUGUUAGUAUUUUUGUUUAGUUAAUUGGUUUCUACUUGUGUUAUUUCUAUUUGUGUUUUUACAGGCAAAUAUGAACUAUUUAAAAUUAAUCUGUGAAAUGAAGAUGCCAGUAUAACCCAUCCUCUUUGUCCUUUCAGUACAUUUAAAUUUGAAACUAUCAUUUGCCUUUUUCCCCAUCAUCAAGACAAAUACCAUAUGUACAUGCCACUUCAUAGUUUUAAUGACUUUCUUGUAUAAUUUUGAAAUCUGUAAAAUACCAAACCAAAAUUUGCAAUUUGUUCUAAUAAUGUGUUUUUUUUUUUACCAGCUUUAACCUUUAAAUUUUUAAGACAAGUUUUGAAGUCAGAUUUUGAAACAUUCCUUUAAAAUCAUAACAUCCAAAAUGACAAUUAAUUUAUUUUCUCCCACCAGUGCCGCUAAAUAUACAGUUAUUGACAUGAUUAGUGACUUGCCUACAAAAUAAUUGUAUUAAUUGUUUUGAAACUAGCCAUUUCCCUCUUCUUUUUUCUUUCUAUUUUUGCCAUAUUGUAUUGACCUUGUAGCUUAAAGGUCCAUUUUAUAAACUUUUUCAACAAUUUCAUAUGGGUGUCAGAGUUCAAACAACGUUUUCUAAAUGUUUUACCCCAAAUUCAGCCUUGGUCCUUAA